AUGAACACCUCGGCGUGUGACUUUCCCAGAGUGCACUCCUCCGAUCACAUGUGCGCCGCCGUGCACGUGCAUAAUCCAUUCAGCAACUCAGCCAUGUAUGACAGCAGUCAUGAGAAAAAAGGCGCCUGGAACUCCCCUCAAAGCCCCCGCAGACACGCUCCGCCACGCAGCCGGCCAACUGGAUUGUCCAGGACAACGUUAGACUGUCAAGCUAAACAACGUUGCAUCGACUCUUCGGGGAAUCGCGGCCUGGAACACCGGCCUCGGACACCGUCCUGGAACACCGGCCUGGAACACAGGCCUGGAACAACGGCCUGGAACAACGGCCUCGGACAGCGGCCUCGGACAGCGGCCUGGAACAACGGCCUGGAACACCGGCCUGGAACAACGGCCUCGGACAGCGGCCUCGGACACCGGCCUGGAACACCGGCCUGGAACAACGGCCUCGGACACCGGCCUGGAACACCGGCCUGGAACACCGGCCUGGAACACCGGCCUGGAACACCGGCCUGGAACACAGGCCUGGAACAACGGCCUGGAACACCGGCCUGGAACAACGGCCUCGGACACCGGCCUCGGACAGCGGCCUGGAACAACGGCCUCGGACGGCGGCCUGGAACACCGGCCUGGAACACCGGCCUGGAACAACGGCCCUGUGGCGACGCCGGCGGACCGCACACACCAAAUACUACCUCAUCCUGCAAAGUCGCAGCCAACCGGUGCUCCGAGAGCCGUUUCGCUGCCGAUGCCGAUGCUGCCCGAGUGCGUCACGGUCCUCCGGUGAACGUAACCUGCAACAUUUUUAUCAACAGUUUUGGGUCCAUUGCUGAAACCACAAUGGACUACCGAGUGAACAUCUUCCUCAGGCAGCAGUGGAACGACCCCCGGCUGGCCUACAGCGAGUACCCCGACGACUCGCUGGACCUGGACCCCUCCAUGUUGGACUCCAUCUGGAAACCCGACUUGUUCUUCGCCAACGAGAAGGGCGCCAACUUCCACGAGGUCACCACCGACAACAAGCUGCUGCGCAUCUCUAAAAACGGCAACGUGCUGUACAGCAUACGAAUAACACUGAUCCUGGCCUGUCCCAUGGAUCUGAAGAACUUCCCUAUGGACGUCCAGACGUGCAUCAUGCAGCUGGAGAGCUUCGGCUACACCAUGAACGACCUCAUAUUCGAGUGGGACGAGAAGGGAGCCGUGCAGGUGGCCGACGGCCUGACGCUACCUCAGUUCCUCCUCAAGGAGGAGAAGGACCUCCGCUACUGCACCAAGCACUACAACACGGGUAAAUUCACCUGUAUCGAGGCUCGCUUCCACCUGGAGCGUCAGAUGGGCUACUACCUGAUCCAGAUGUACAUCCCCUCGCUGCUCAUCGUCAUCCUGUCCUGGGUUUCCUUCUGGAUCAAUAUGGACGCCGCGCCCGCCCGGGUGGGUCUGGGCAUCACCACCGUGCUGACCAUGACCACGCAGAGCUCCGGUUCCAGGGCCUCGCUGCCCAAGGUGUCCUACGUAAAGGCCAUCGACAUCUGGAUGGCCGUGUGUCUGCUGUUCGUGUUCUCGGCCCUUCUGGAGUACGCCGCCGUCAACUUCAUCGCCCGCCAACACAAAGAGCUGCUGCGCUUCAGACGGAGGCGACGACACGAGAAGGAGGACGAGACAGGCGAGGGCCGCUUCAGCUUCCCCGGCUACGGCAUGGGCCCGGCCUGCCUGCAGGCCAAAGACGGCAUGGCCAUCAAGGGCAACAACAACAACGCGCCGUCCUCGGCGCCGGCCGAGAAGACCAUCGAGGAGAUGAAGAAGCUCUUCAUCGGCCGGGCCAAGCGCAUCGACACGGUGUCCCGCGUGGCCUUCCCGCUCGUCUUCCUCAUUUUUAACAUUUUCUACUGGAUCAUUUACAAGAUCAUCCGCAGCGAGGACAUCCACAAGCAGUAG